AUGGCGAACGUUCAGGAGCCGAAGGGGUUCCUUCGCGUUGAUGGCAUGGAUGUUGUUGAUGGAGAUGGCAGCAAAGUCAUCCUCAAGGGUUGUGCGACUGGCGGACAAACGAACAUGGAGAACUUCAUCACGGGCUUUCCAGGCCACGAGCAUGAAGUCCGAAGAGCCUUGCUGGAGGUGCUAGGGCAAGAGAAGUAUGACUACUUCUUCGAGAAGUUCCUGGAAUACUUCUUCACCAGAAGCGAUGCCAAAUUCCUCCGAUCAUUGGGCCUGAACUGCGCCAGAAUACCCAUCAACCAUAGGCACUUCAUGGACGACCUCAACCCCGGCGUCAUCAAACCGGAAGGCUUCCGCUUCGUUGAUCGGAUUGUUGAUGCCUGUGCGGCUGAAGGCAUUUACACGAUCAUCGAUAUGCAUACCUUCCCAGGUGGCCAGAACCAGGGGUGGCACUCGGAUUCUGGCAUUCAUCGAGCAUUGUUCUGGGAGCAUAGAGAUUUGCAAGAUCGAGCAAUCAAUAUGUGGGUUGAGAUUGCGAAGUAUUAUCGGAACCAUAAAUGGGUCGCUGGUUACAAUCCAAUGAACGAGCCAGCAGAUCCAGACCACACCAAUCUUCAGGAGUUCUACGCUCGAGUUGAGAAGGCCAUACGCUCUGUGGACCCCGACCACAUCCUCUGGCUAGACGGCAACACCUACUCAAUGGACUUCUCCGGCUUCAAGGACAUUCUACCCAAUUGCGUCUACGCCAUCCACGACUACAGCAACAUGGGUUUCCCUGCUGGCAACCGAUACACAGGCACCGACGAGCAGAAGCAGAUCCUCCGCAAACAGUAUGAGCGGAAAGUUGAGUUUAUGCGGAAGCACAAAGUCCCCAUCUGGAAUGGCGAAUUCGGCCCCGUCUACGCCUCCCCCGACCAACCGGAACACCAACAAAUCAACCAAGAACGCUACAACCUGCUCGGCGAACAACUCCGCAUCUACAAAGCCGACCAGAUCAGCUGGUCAAUCUGGCUUUACAAAGACAUCGGCUUCCAGGGAAUGGUCUACGCCUCCCCCUCCAGCCCCUACAUGCGCCUCCUCGCCCCCUUCCUCGAGAAGAAAAAACGUCUCGGCGUCGACAAAUGGGGCCGCGACGACACGCGCGUCAAACACAUCUACGAACCGCUGAUCCAGCAUCUUAAGGAGGAAAUUCCGGAGCAGUUCCAGCGGAGACGGUAUCCGCAGCAUUGGGGCCUGGAGGGGCAUGUGCAUCGGGUGGUGCGGGAGUUGUUGGUGAGUGAGUUGCUGACGUAUGAGUUUGCGAGUUAUUUUGAGGGGAAGAGUAUGGAGGAGUUGGAUGCGCUGGCGGGGAGUUUUCGGUUUGAGGAGUGUGGGAGGCGGGAGGGGUUGAAUGAGAUUUUGAUGAAAGAUGCUGGGUUGUAG